AUGAAUCACAACACCAACAUCCACUUUGGGAACCGGACACUGAUCCCACACGAUCUCCACGGCCGGAGUUACCAAGACCCAGCCGUAAGCAUCGUGCCACAUCCGUUCCCUCCCAACCGCGCUCAUCCGACGUUUGAAGGACCUAGCCGAGACGAGCAUCAUUACCAUCAUCAUCAAAACCGACCUCCGGUUUAUCAUCAACCACCUAGACCAGUGUUGCAUUCACACCACGACCAUGUUCUCAAUAGGCGGAGAGAUAGCCAUUUCGAUGCCGUGCUUGAGGGUUUCAUGGAGAGCCAAAGAAAAACUAGCCGCGACAUUGAAACAAAGCUAGAGUUCACGCGAUACGAACUAGAUGGAAGACUUGGAGAACUCUCUACCCAAAUAGAGAGAGUAGAGUCAAGAUGCUUGGACAUGGAGGAAGAUUUGAAGAAGCAAGGCGAGGCCAUUGAAGACAAUAGGAGAGCGAUACACUUUACCAAAGUUUCUACCAAGGAGAUGGACAAUCACUUAGAUGAGAAGAUCACAAGUCUUGAUAACAACCUCGAUGGCACCACCAAGAGUCUCAAUUCAAUAACAGCAGUAGCUCAUCAAGCUAAGAGGGAGGUAGCCGAAGUAACCCUAAAGGAGAGGCAAUGUUACUCGACGAUGCUUACAUUGGUGGAAGGGCAAAAACAAGUGAAGGCACAAAUCCGAGAUUUACACAUCUCUCUAGACAAGAGGAGCCAAGAUAUUCAAAGAAGAGCUAGAGGGCUUGAAGACAAAGUAGAUGGAGUCUCCAAGGAAGUCAAGGAUUUAACCACUCGCUUAGCCAACUUGGAAGAGAAGGUCUUGACCGAGGCAAAGACGACCGGUUCUAAGCACAACCAUGCCGCGCCCGUCUUUACUAUAAGAGAGACCGACCCAAGAGUGAUUUGGGAUGAAGAAGAAAGUAGAGCUGAUCAAGAAAGAGCCACAAGGCUAACCACUGGAACAAGAGAGAAGAUAGCACCAAAAGGAAGAACCCUUACUCAAAGGUCUUCACAACCGCCUCCCACCAAGGAGAAGAGGAAGACAAGAUCAUCACUUGAAGAGAUCAUAGAUGAUUUCAACUUUAUGGCGAGGAGAUUCCCUUAUGGUGUGCCGUUUGAUAAUGCUUGCAACAAGAGUCCAUUCAUGCAAGACCUAGCUUGGACACAAGAUUGGAGUCUAGCUGAAUUGGAAAAGAUGUACGAGGAAGCAAGAAAGGGGAUGCCUAAACCUAGGUUUCUACACAAGCUUCAUGACCCAGGUUACUUCCUUAUACAUUUCUCUAUCAAUGGAAGCUACUUUGAUGAUGCUCUUUGCGAUUCCGGUUCUAGUGUGAACCUUAUGCCGGCCGAGAUAGCCAAGAAGUUGGGAUUGAUCAAUUCAAUUGUGAAAUCUCGAAUGGAUUUAAAGCUAGCUGAUUCAUCAUUGACCGAACCACUUGGAGAGGUUAAAGACAUUCAGCUUGAUUUUGGAGGCUGCAUAGUUCCAGCCAACUUCUAUGUAGUAACCAUGAAGGAUCCGGAGGACUUAAAGCUUUUGCUUGGAAGAUCAUUCCUAGCCACAGCUGGAGCGAUCAUGGAUUGGCCUAAUAGAAGAAUCUCUCUAGCCAAUGUUGACAAGGACACCUUCUACGAUGCUGCACCUCCCGGUUUCUCAUCCAAGCGAUUUCGCUACACAAGUGGAGGAGAGUGCUCACAAGUAAGAGGAGAGUCGCAUGGCUACUUGAUCAAGGAAGUUCUACAGGACAAGAUGCACUUGGAAUCAUCAGGCAACAGGAAGUUCUUGGAGCCUGAUGGCGGGUUUAGAUUGCCUCAAAUUUUCACAAUUUAUAAACCCAACUAA